AUGGAAACUACAGUGUUCCCUGUUAAUAAAACUGAUUAUGUUUAUAUGAAAUCCAGUGAAAAACCUCAUAUACAUAAAACGUUCGAUCUGAACAAAGGACACGUAUAUAUUGAAGACGUAGUCUUCAGUUUGACGAAUCAAAAUUGGACGAGAGAUGAAGAACCGUGUCUCAAUAAAACGUUACAGUUGUUGCAUAAUUUGCAGAAUUUCACACUAUGGGCUGUUUGGAAUUGGGAUUCGGUGUCAUCGCAACCUCAAGGUCUGCUGUACGGUAAUAGCUACCACUUGGGUAACUUCGACGAAUGUAUGAAUCCUCCCUGGUAUGAUGAUUACCCGGAUCUGAGAUCACAGUACUGCCUCGCUGACGUAGUUUUAGAAGGACCGGAUAAUGCUAUUAAGAAGCGAACAUCUUAUCCGUAUGAUCCGUAUCAAACAGCAUUUAAUUUUUUACGGUACAAAUCUAAAUUCCAAAGAACUCUUAACGAGCUGGUAUGGGGUAUGUGUGUACCAGACGUAUGUCAUCCGAAGUCAGUAGAGAGGUUGAUCAGUGUGAUGCUGACCCAUAGUCACCUUGGCACCGCUGGGAUGAAGGCUCGUAUUAACGUCAGCGAAUGUCAACAAAAAAACCAGAAGAAACCAUAUGACAACCAACCACUAUUCUACUCUUUUAUAGCUACCGUUACUGUACUGACAGCUAUGAGUUUAAUUUGUACUUAUUUAAACAGAGAUAGGAAGAAUCUGGAAAAAAUUUCACUUCGGGAUAAUUUAAUAAGUGCAUUCGACAUGAGACUCAACGCCGGCGAACUUCUCAGAUGUAGUCCACAUGAUGUUCAAAUGUUCUACGGAAUUAAAUUCCUGACAAUGUGCAUCAUUACCGUCGGUCAUCAAAAUGGGGCUCUUAAUUCAGCACUUGUUAGUAACGCCCUGCAAAUAGAUAAGGCUGCUCUAAGCAUACUAGGAAGUAUAUUUAUGCAUAAUGACCUAGCAGUGGACACCUUCUUCAUGAUCUCCGGUUUCUUAUUUUCGUCGGCUUUAUCUAAAUUAAGUAAAAUACCAAACGUGUUACUCCUAAUCUUGAGAAGAUAUAUGAGAAUUAUAGUUGCGUACGCUAUAGUUAUUUUCUACAUAUGUUCAGUAUAUCCUUACACCGGUUCAGGGCCGUUAUGGCCAAGGUUUGUGGCUGCUGAGAGCGGAACAUGCCGUCGAAACUGGUGGCUAAAUUUGAUCAUGCUGAGUAAUUAUUUGGAUACACAUAACAUGCAUCCGCCUCCAAGGCCGCCUUUCCCUGGCUCCCAGCAAAUCUAUACCUAUGUUUCCGCUUCCUUACAAUGUUCCAUUCAUUCUCCUCUCCCUUGCGCUUCAGCUCGGAUCCGCUAUCGCCAAUCACCCGCUGCUCAGAUCGCUCAGAGACAUCUACGCAUUCCUGACGCAGCCGUUGUGUCGAAACCGCGGUGUCGGCCUCCACGGGCGUGCGUUCAAUGUUCUGCGUGUAUAGUAGUAAGCUGGUACAUUCCCUGCGACUUCCACUACUUUGUACUGACGCUACUACUGUUUGGUAUCUACCGAAGAUUUCCAUCCAUUGGUAAAAUGCUCUUCAUCAUCAUCACUGGAGCGGCCAUCAUCACUCCGGGGAUCAUCAAUUACUUGUAUAAACUACAAGCAACACUGAUGUUUACUUAUGAUUUUCUUAAGGAUCCACGGGCGUCUAAACAAUUCCACCUAACAUAUAUAAAAAGCCACACGCGGUACGCCGCCUACCUCAUAGGAUUUUUCAGCGGAUGGUGCUACACACAUUACACUUCAUCUCAGCAAACAAGAAAGAUUUCACUUAAAUAUGCGGUGUCUGGUACUUGCAUUGGUUUCUUCAUGAUGGCAGCUGUAUUAUUAACUGGACCUAUGUUCCUUUGGCGAAGCUUCGACGCUUUAGUAACAGCUAUAUAUGCUGCCUUAAAUAGACCCGUCUGGGUGUGUGGUUUGACACUGAUUGUUACUUGCUGUUCACUAGGAAGCAUUACGUCCAGCGAAGCGCGACUGUUUGGCAACAACAGCAGCAAACAUAAUGACAUAAUUGCCGGAGGAGCGGGGCCGGGGCGCAUGCGCGGCUUUGACGGCCAAGGUCGAGGCCGCGAUUCCGCUGCGCGCCGCCGCGUCGGCUAG